UCCGAUCCAGUUAUGGCCACAAAUAAUGAUGGCGGAACAAUAGCACCAAAUCAGUGGCAACGUAAUUCCCAAGCCGCCGUCUCAGUACGUCAUGCCUUUAAAGCGUAUGGCAAAAAGAAAAACGCAAAUCAAGUUUUAAACAACUUGAAUAUGACAGUACCAAAGGGCACAAUUUAUGGUCUUCUAGGCGCUUCGGGUUGUGGUAAAACAACAUUGCUCUCCUGCAUAGUGGGCCGUCGUCGACUCGAUUCUGGUGAAAUUUUCGUAUUGGGUGGCAAACCCGGUACUCCUGGCUCUGGUGUACCUGGCAAACGUGUCGGCUAUAUGCCACAAGAAAUAGCACUCUAUGGUGAAUUUUCCAUACGCGAAACAAUGAUGUAUUUCGGUUGGAUAUUUGGCAUGGAAACGAAAGAGAUCGUAGAACGUUUACAUUUCUUGUUGAAUUUCUUGGAUUUACCAUCGGAGAAACGUCUAGUAAAGAAUUUGAGUGGUGGCCAACAGAGACGUGUAUCGUUUGCUGUGGCACUAAUGCACGAUCCGGAAUUAUUGAUUUUAGAUGAACCCACAGUUGGUGUAGAUCCUCUGCUAAGACAGAGUAUAUGGAAUCAUUUGGUUCAUAUAACAAAAUCGGGACAGAAAACAGUUAUAAUCACAACACAUUAUAUAGAAGAGGCCAGACAAGCGCAUACGAUAGGUUUAAUGCGUUCUGGUAAUCUAUUGGCCGAAGAAUCACCCAGCGUUUUACUAUCCAUGUACAAAUGUAUCAGUUUAGAAGAAGUAUUUUUAAAAUUAUCCCGCAUUCAGUCACAAAAGGGCGAUAUAUCUCAGGUUAACUUCAGUAAUAAUAUUUCAUUACAUGCCAUGGGUUUCGGCAGCAAAAUGGAUAAACCUAGUUCCAGUCAAGAAGGCGGCGUUGUGGGCUUAAAUUUCCAUCAGAGCAAAGAAGUUUUAAUCAACGAUACUAAUGGAUCCAUUUAUACGUUAAAUCAAGAACCCUACGAUCCACCCAUGAAAAAGAAUAACCCAAAUGAUGAAGAAAGUUGUCAAGAUUGUUAUGCCAAUUUAUGUAGAGUAACUUCCAAGGGUAAAAUCAAGGCCUUAUUAACAAAGAAUAUGUUGCGCAUGUGGCGUAAUGUGGGAGUAAUGUUGUUCAUCUUUGCCCUGCCCGUUAUGCAAGUUAUACUGUUUUGUUUGGCUAUAGGUCGCGAUCCUACCGGUUUAAAUUUGGCUAUUGUUAAUCAUGAAAUGAAUAAUACGGAAAUCUGUUAUUGGGAAGAUGGUUGUCACUUUACUAACUUGGGCUGUCGCUAUCUGAAUCAUCUAAAUCAUAGUGUGGAGAAAACGUUUUAUUCCGAUCUGGAGGAUGCAAAAGAAGCGGUUAGACUGGGCAAUGCCUGGGGUGCUAUUUAUAUAACGGAAAACUUUACAGAUGCUUUUACCGCCAGAGCUGCCUUAGGUCGCGAUUCCGAUGAUGAAACCAUUGAUCAGUCUGAAAUUAAGGUUUGGCUUGAUAUGUCUAAUCAACAGAUUGGUGUUAUGUUAAAUCGUGAUAUUCAGCUAGCUUAUCGUGACUUUGCUAUGGGUCUUUUAGAUCAAUGUGGUAAUAAUCCCAAAUUGGGUGAUGUACCCAUACAAUUUAAGGAACCCAUUUAUGGCACUAUGAAUCCUUCGUUUACCGACUUUGUGGCACCUGGUGUUAUUUUAACCAUUGUUUUCUUCUUGGCUGUCGCUUUAACAUCAUCGGCUUUGAUUAUUGAACGUACUGAGGGUCUCUUGGAUCGUUCUUGGGUAGCUGGUGUAACACCUGCAGAAAUUCUCUUCUCUCAUGUUAUAACACAAUUUGUGGUCAUGUGUGGUCAAACGACAUUGGUGCUUGUCUUUAUGUUGGUGGUAUUUGGUGUCACCAAUAAUGGUGAUUUAAUUUGGGUUAUUGUUCUCACACUGCUGCAGGGUUUGUGUGGUAUGUGCUUUGGUUUUCUUAUAUCAUCGGUAUGCGAAUUGGAACGUAAUGCCAUACAACUGGCAUUGGGUUCUUUCUAUCCCACGCUAUUGCUGUCGGGUGUUAUUUGGCCCAUUGAGGGUAUGCCCAUAGUGUUAAAAUAUAUAUCCCUGUGCCUGCCUUUGACCUUGGCCACCUCGUCACUGCGUUCUAUAUUGACACGAGGUUGGGAAAUUGUGGAAACUUCUGUGUAUUUUGGUUUCCUUAGUACUUUAGGCUGGAUUUUAGGUUUCUUAAUUUUAACAUUAUUGGUGCUGCGUUCGAAACGAGGUUAAUUUCGUUUAACAGCUAAACGAUCUUCUACGAUCUUUAUUCACUUUUUUUUUAAUAUGUUGAAAGGCUUUUGUGUAACUUUUAACAUAGAAAAAACUAUCUAUUGGCGAAUUCAUAUUUUAUUUUACUUUUAUUUUGUUAAUUGUUUUUUAAGUUUAUUUAACUUAUUUCUCUUUUCAUUACUACGAUCCUACGAUUUCUUUUAAACUAUUCUAACUACGAUCCUUACUUUUUCUUGCAAAAACUUUCAUUUCAUAUUUAUGUUUCAAAAGCCUUUUUAUAAGAAAAAAAACAACCACAAAACUUUGUAAAAAAUAAUGUUUAAAAAACUCCUACAAAACAACAACAAAAAAUUAGAGUAAUUUUCUUUUAUAUUACUUUUUAAGUUAACAAGUCCUAAUUUUUAUUAAAAAAAAACAAGCAAAAAUAAUUAUUAUAAUUAUUAAUUAUAUUAUAAAAAAAUGUUUAUAAGUAGUAUUUAGUUUAAGGUGCAUUGUGUUUUAUAAUUUUUUCGUUGCGGUUGGAAAAAAGUAGAAAAAAAAUUAAAUAUAAUUUUUUGUCUUUUAAACUCAUUGUAUUCAUCUGAUAUUUAAUCAUCAUUUUACUUAUUUUGAACAAAGAAAUUUUCAAAAAUUAAACAAUCACAAAAUCACUCUUUAUACCAUCUUACUUUAGAACCAGUUCAUUAUUAAUUUUUAAUUAAGGUUUAGGUUUUUUUUUUUUGUACAUACAACAAUAUUUCCAUAAUUUUCCAAACGGGGUUUUUAUUUUCUAUUAAACCCUUUAUAUUUCCAAUUCUACAAACUAAACUGUUCUAUCUAUUGCUUUUAUUAACACUCCAAUGGACUGUGAUUAGUGUUUUUUAUUAUAUAUAAAGAUUUUAUAUAUAAACAAAUAUCAUUUAAAUAUUUCUUUAUUUCUUUUAUUUGGAAAAAAACACAAAAUACAAAGAAAUCUUCUCCCUUUUGCUAUAAUUUCUUGUGUAAUUUUUAAGUUUUUAGUUUUACUCAUACAUAUUAUCAUUUUUAGUAAAACAGAACAAAAAUUUCAAUAAUUUUUUAUGCUAAUUUUUUUUGGGGGAAUGAUUUAAUAAUUUUUUUUUAUAGUUUUUAAAGCCUUAAGUUAAAUAAACAAAAAAUAAAAAAAAUUAUAUUAAAAUAUUAAUUUUAACGAUUAGUAUUUUAAGUUUCUAUUCCAAAAUUUGGUCUUAUGUAUGUAUUUUAUAAAGAAAUUUUAAAUAAAUAAUAAAAAUUGUAAAUUUAUGAACAGUAUAUCUAUAUAGAAUUGAGCGCUUUUGAAAUAAUAAUAAAAAAAUAAAAUAAAAAAUUAUGAAAAAAAAAAA